AUGCCUAACCGAUCUAUAGGCGGGGGCAGAGUUUUAGGUAGUGGACGGUCGAUAAAUCCUGCUCCGCCAAAACCACUGCCCAAAACUAGCUCAUCGAAUGCGAUAUCGCCGUCUGCUAGCAGUGUCUCUUUGGCUUCCCAGACCUCUAACUCGCAGGUAUCGUCUGAUACACAGGAUCUAUCCUCGAGGGUCUUUCUAAAAAAUGGAGAUUCGUCCAUAGCCAAGGCUUCCCGCAGCACUGGGGCGCUGGUUUGCCCUAUCUGCAACGAAGGGAUGCAAGUGGAAGUGAAGGACUGGUUCCAGACACAGGUCGAAAAGGCCAAACGAUUUCAACCACUUGCUGUACUCAACCAGAAGCUGAAAGGCCUGGAAGUCUUUGAAUCUAACCAAAACACUCAACUUUUACCACCGUCAACACGACCCACCGCUGAAAGCUCGGUUUCCGAGGCCGCUAAACCUAUCGACCCUGAUGACCUGAUAACGAAGUCUCACUGGCAGCAACGGUCACUUAAUGAUGUUUGCCUGGAUCCCAUGUGUGAGAAAAGGCUUACCGCAACAAAUGGCUGUAUCAACUGCAGAAAAUGUGGCCGUCUAUUCUGCGAGGAUCACACCAUGUAUCAGAUGAAGCUUUCGAGAAAACCUACAGUUGACAAAGCCUUCCUAGAAAUCUCCCGGCUGGAAAAGAGAUUGACACGUCUAACUCAACUACUUGCCGGGCUACCUCUAGAGCAAGUGCAGUCUAAAAGAUGGGCCAUUGGUUGGCAAACAGACCAGAGGAAAGCACUCGAACAGUCUGUCGUCAGUUGGCAAGAUGAUGUGGAAGUUUCCAACUGCCCUUUUUGUCAGCAGGAGUUCUCUGCGUACAUAUUCCGAAGACAUCAUUGCAGAACAUGCGGUAGGGUUGUUUGUGGCGAUCCGGCAACUGAAUGUUCUUCUUUAAUAAGCCUUGAUGUGGCCAAAUAUUGCAAAACCACCAUAUUUAGUAAACGAGAUUUCAUGGAAGAUAUCGCCAAAGAGCCACCGGAUGUCCGCGCUUAUAAAAACCUUGUCCAGUUCGAACGAGGGAUUAGGCUGUUAUUGCCGAGAUUUCACAAGAUUCUAGCAGCUCUUCAGUUCGUUUCCCCUCAACUCGACAAUUCCCGUGGCUGUUUUCUAACUAUAUAUACAACUAGAGACCCCGAUAACCCUCCAGAGCCGGCUCAACUAACUGAGGCGUCUAAAGUCCGUAAAAGGCUAAUUGACUCUUUUGCUCAAUACGAUGUAGCCGCAAGGCGCAUUCGUGACCACCCAACAGAAUCGCCAACACAAGCAAAACUUCAACAAGCAAUAUACCAUCAAGCCACAAGCUUCCUCCACUUGCAUAUGCUUCCACUCAAAACUCUUCCCAAAAUCCUGAAACAUGCCACUCCGCACGGCAGGAAUUUCAGUUUUGAUUCGUCAUCCUCAGAUGGCAGGCGCAUGAACGGGGGCAAUGCCCAGCCCCGUUCCCUUGCGUCCAUUAAAUACGGCAAUCCAGACCAGGGUGGCAGCACCACUAGCCUAGCUAGUAAUAACAGCAGUGCACUCUCAGCGCUUGAAGCGGAAGAGAAAGAACUCCGUGAUCGGCUCAUUGUUCUUGAAGAACAGAGGUUUUUCGUCUCGGAAAUGAUUGCCGACGCCAACAAACGGCGUAAAUUCGACGAGGCAAGCAGCCUUGCUCAAAACGUUGCGGAUUUGAAUAAAGAAAUAGAUCAUGUCAAUGGCAUGAUCAGCCAGUUAGACUUUGAAGGGCUAUUCACUGGCGAUUCAGGCCAGUGA